AUGCGAAUUUCGCCAUCCUUACUGGUAGUCUGGCUGCUGCAGGUGACCAUGGCACAAGGUGCUGCUAGCUCAGAAGCAGCUUGUGGGCAGCCCCUGAUCUCUCCUCGGAUUGUUGGGGGCCAGCCAGCCUCUGAUGGGUUGUGGCCCUGGCAAGUCGCCAUUCUUCGAGAUGGCUAUUUUAUUUGUGGCGGUUCCCUCAUAGCCAAUCAGUGGGUGCUGUCAGCAGCGCACUGCUUCACCAAAUCCAUCGCCACUUCAAAGUAUGAUAUGCUUUUGGGUGCCUAUCAGCUCUUGAACCUAUCGAGUCAUGUUGUAUACUCCAAAGUGAAAGUGAUUAUCCCCCACCCUGACUACAGUGGGGAUAUUGCUUCCAUUGGGGAUAUCGCUUUAGUUAAAUUGACGGCUCCUGUGACGUUCACCAACUACAUCCUCCCCAUCUGUCUGCCAGACUCUUCGGUAGAAUUCUCUCUGGACUCAGACUGCUGGGUCACUGGAUGGGGAGAUGUUCAACAAGGAGUGCAGCUGCUGCCCCCACUAACCCUCCAGGAACUGAAGGUGCCUCUCAUAAGCCGAGCAACCUGCAACGCUCUCUUUAACGUUAUCUUACUUGAAGGAAUGGACAGAAAUCCUAUCAAGGCCGAUAUGAUCUGCACCGGUGACCCCGAAGGUGGAAAGGAUUCCUGCCAGGGUGACUCCGGGGGACCCUUGGUUUGCCAACUUGAAGGACAUUGGACCCAGGCUGGGGUUGUGAGUUGGGGAAUGGGAUGUGCUAUACCCAAUCAACCUGGCGUCUGCUCUUCAGUGGCUUUCUAUGCCAACUGGAUCAAUACG